AUGAUGCCAAUGACCAGGAAGAGAAAGCUCUCUCUGGACAGCGACAGUUGUAUCGCUCAGAAGGGCAAAGCUGAGGGGUCUCCGGUGAAGAGAAGGACCCCUGUGAAGAGAAGGACCCCUGUGAAGAGAAGGACCCCUGUGAAGAGAAGGACCCCUGUGAAGAGAAGGACCCCUGUGAAGAGAAGGACCCCUGUGAAGAGAAGGACCCCUGUGAAGGCGCCCAAGUCUCCUGUGAAGAAGAAACAGCAACAAAAAGAAAACUGUCCUCCUGCUCAUUUAUCCCCAAAGAGAUCAUCAGCGACUCAGUGUGGCGCUACACUGAGGCGCCUCAGUGCGGCGCCUCAGUGUAGCGCCUCAGUGUGGCGCCUCAGUGUAGCGCCUCAGUGUGGCGCUACACUGAGGCGCCUCAGUGCGGCGCCUCAGUGUAGCGCCUCAGUGUGGCGCCUCAGUGUAGCGCCUCAGUGUGGCGCUACACUGAGGCGCCUCAGUGCGGCGCCUCAGUGUAGCGCCUCAUGCGGCGCCUCAGUGUGGCGCCUCAGUGUGGCGCCUCAGUGUGGCGCCUCAGUGCAGCGCCUCAGUGCGGCGCCUCAGUGUAGCGCCUCAGUGCGGCGCCUCAGUGUGGCGCCUCAGUGUGGCGCCUCAGUGUGGCGCCUCAGUGUGGCGCCUCAGUGCAGCGCCUCAGUGCGGCGCCUCAGUGUAGCGCCUCAGUGCGGCGCCUCAGUGCGGCGCCUCAGUGUGGCGCCUCAGUGUGGCGGAACACAAACACGUCUGCCUUUGAAUGAGCGUCAGUUGAAAACAGCGUCUCCUGCAAAGUCUGCAUUCAAACCCACGGUGGCGCCGAGCUCCUUCUACAGCAAACAGAAGAACGUGUACCUCACCCCACUGGAGAGGAAGAAGGUGAAGGAGUCAUUACCCCCGCCCCCCUCUGCUGCCCCCCCUCCCUCAGCUCAGGCCAAGAAGACCGUGACCAUCAACAAGAAAGGCCGUAAAGGAGGCAAGGUCAAAAAAGUGUCCCCGGUCUCAAAGAACGCCACAAGUGUUAUUAAACUCUACACUCCUGCAACCAGCGGCAACAGCGCCACCGCAGCGGCGCCAGAGACCAAGAAAGGCAUCACCUUCGCCUUCAGCAGCGGGAAACCGAAACCAAAGCUGUUUGUUGGAGCUGCCUUCUUUGGAACCAGCAAGAAACCAACAUCUAUGUACAAAAGAUCUGCUCCCAAGUCCUCAACCAGGCCCAAGAGGGUCAAACAGGCUGAAGUAGGACCAUCUGUGCCAAGAGACAAGACCCAACCUCCUCCUGCAGCAGAGACCCAACCUCCUCCUGCAGAAGGGUCUGCCCCAGGGUCUGCCCCAGGGUCUGCCCCAGGGUCUGCACCAGGGUCUGCCCCAGGGUCUGCACCAGGGUCUGCACCAGGGUCUGCACCAGGGUCUGCCCCAGGGUCUGCCCCAGGGUCUGCCCCAGGGUCUGCCCCAGGGUCUGCCCCAGGGUCUGCACCAAAACAGCGGAGACAGUUUAAUCCUUUGGACUGGGUGGACUCGUUGGAUGAAAUCACGGACUAUCUGCCUCCAACUCCUGAAGGAUCUCCCAAAGAGAGAUUUGGCAUCAACAAAGAAUCUUCCGUUGUGUUGCUGCGGAGUCCGGACGCAGAGUCUAAGGCUCUGGCGCUCAUGAAAUCACAGGCGCCUGUGUUUGACCUCAGUGACAUGAGCCCACUGAGCGGCGGGGACAGUCCAGCCACAGGUGUGUAUCCCAUAUUUGGAUCUUCCUCCAAAAAGAGCAGAGUGGCAGCUCUGAGGCCUCCUGUGUCCUGCAGCACCCCCUGUGGCCCGGUGAUGGCAUUGCAGUCUGUGACUAAAGAGAGGACCCUGAGGAAGAGGAAGGACAGGCAGGAUGAAGAUCAGCUCAUCAUCGACGCGGGGCAGAAGCAGUUCGGGGCCCAGAGCUGUGGCUCCUGUGGGAUGGUGUACAGCGCAGACAACCCCGAGGACACGUUCCAACACUCGCAGUUUCAUCAGAGGUUCCUCGACGCCAUUAAAUAUGUGGGCUGGAAGAAGGAGCGAGUCGUGGCGCACUUCUGGGACGGAAAGAUCCUGUUGGUGAUGCCGGACGACCCCAAAUACGCCAUCAAGAAAGCAGAGGAAGUGCGGCAGGUUGCUGACAGCGAGUUGGGUUUCCAGCAGGUGGCGCUGUCGAGGCCGGCGCAAGCAAAGACCUACCUCUUCAUCAACUCCGACAAAAUGGUUGUGGGCUGCCUGGUCGCGGAACCAAUCAGAAAGGCUUUCAGAGUGCUGCUGCAGCCUGACCAGGAGAAGGACAUGCGGCGGGACGACUUCAUGGAGCGCCACAGGGCGUGGUGCUGCUCCACGGUCCCGGAGCACGCCGUGUGUGGCAUCAGCCGCAUCUGGGUGUUCAGCUUAGCCCGACGCCACGCCAUCGCCACACGCAUGAUGGACACGCUCAGGAGCACCUUCAUUUAUGGCAGUCAUUUGACUAAAGAAGAGAUCGCGUUCUCGGACCCGACCCCAGACGGGAAACUGUUUGCCACAAAGUACACCGACACCUCGGCCUUCCUCGUUUAUAACUUCAUUUCAUAA